UAGGACCCGUCUGAAAUGAGCACUAAUAUUAAUUCAAUCAUAAAUUCAUUACCUGUAACUCAAAUCCCCAUAUUUUAAUCCUACUUAUGUACCGUUGUUGAUGUUGUUUAUGAUUUGAUUACUCGAACACAGAAUUAUUAGCGAACUAAUAUAUUAAUUUUCCCCCUUCUGUUUGUUUCUCCAACUGGGUGGCGCUUCUUUUACCCUCUGUCCUCUCUCUCAAUCAUUAAUGGCUCAAUUUUAGUUUCUGUUUCGCCUUCUUCACUUACUUCUGCAACUCGAUUGAUAGGGAGCGACCCGAGUUUCUGCGAAGUCUAAUCUGCUUCCAUUUUUCAGCUUUUUCGUGUUUCUGGGUCUUCCCCUUUUGUUAUAACGACAAAAUUUGAAGUGGGAAUUUGGAUCCAGAUGCGUUUUAAUGGAAUCGAUCUGAUUUAGAGUAUUGGGUUUUGGAUUUUGUCUCCAUUAGAUACGGUUUUGAACUGGGCAUUGCGAUCUUGUUGUUUCAGAGAUAAAAGUGGGGAAGAGGAAGAUGAAGUUCAAUUGGAAGCUACCGUUUCCUUUCAAACGCAACCACGUACUGAUUUUGAAGCUUGUUCUUCCUAUUCUCUUACUGGGUAUUGCUUUUCGUUUCCUCUUUGCCGGUUCCGGUGACGUUCCGGCGCUUUUAGAAACCCCUUUGACAGAGAGGAUGGCGGCGCCGACGAUUUUGGAAAACCCUUCAACUGAGAAGAACGAUGCUUCUGCGAUUUUGGAAACUCCUUUGUCUAAGAAGACUGAGGAUUUGCAAGCACCAGAAACUCCGGAGGUUGAAAAUCAGAAACCACUUGAAGGGAAGUGUAAUUUUUUUGUUGGAGAGUGGAUUCCAAAUCCAUCAGGUCCUGUGUACAAUAAUGAGAGCUGCCCCCAUAUUGAAGCUCAUCAAAAUUGUAUGAAGAAUGGGCGGCCAGAUACUGAAUACCUAUACUGGAGAUGGAAGCCACGGGAUUGCGAACUACCAAAGUUUGAUCCAGAAAGAUUUCUUGAGAUGAUGAGGGAUAAAACAUGGGCAUUGAUUGGAGAUUCGAUAUCUCGAAACCAUGUUCAAUCUUUAUUGUGCAUGCUGUCAACGGUGGAAGUAGCUGUUCAUAUCUACCAUGAUGAAGGAUACAAGUCUAGAAAAUGGAGGUUUCCAUCAUACAACUUCACUGUUUCAGUUAUUUGGUCACCUUUUCUUGCAGAAGCUGCUAUAUUUGAAGAUUAUAAUGGUGUGUCUACAUCUGAAGUUGAGCUUCAUCUUGACAAACUCGAUAAGAAAUGGACAGAUGAGUUCCUUCAAAUGGACUACAUGAUUAUUUCUAGUGGUAAAUGGUUUGUGAAAUCUGCAAUAUACUAUGAGAAUAACAAAGUGCUGGGCUGUCAUUCUUGCCCAAAAAAAAAUUAUACAGAGCUAGGUAUUGAUUUUGCCUACCGCAGAUCCCUCCGGUCUGCUUUAAACUUUAUUAUAGCAUCCAAGCAUAAGGGUAUGAUAUUUAUGAGAACAUCAACCCCUGACCACUUCGAAAAUGGUGAGUGGUCUAAUGGAGGAACAUGCGAUCAAAGGGCGCCGAUAAAAGAAGGUGAGAUUGAAUUGAAGGAACUGACCAAGAUUCUGCGCAUGGUCGAGUUAGAGGAGUUUAAAAAGGCAGAAGUAAAAGCGUCUCAAAAUGGGUUGAAUCUUAAACUUCUUGACUUGACCCAGCUUUCAUUGUUGAGGCCUGAUGGGCAUCCAGGUCCAUACAGAGAGUUCCAACCAUUUGCAAAUGACAAAAAUGCAAAAGUGCAGAACGAUUGCUUGCAUUGGUGCCUACCCGGACCGAUUGACUCAUGGAAUGAUGUGAUUAUGGAGAUGGUGUUAAACGGAUAGGAAACUUCACCACCGACAUCAAGCAACGAGAUUUUGCUACAAGAAGGUACACUCUGGAUUUCUCUUAUUGUAGGUAAUGCCAUUGAGGCCAUCUUCUGUUAACAGUGCUUUAGGAGAUUCAUCUCAAUUUGUAUUAAAACACAGCCAUGUCAUUGAGUUGAUUAGUAGUUACAUAUCUUCUUAUGCAUCAAAUUGAGCAUAUAUCUUGUCCUAGUUUGAGCAUUAAAAGGGAAUGAUAUCCAUUGUUAUUGCUUCUUUUUCUUAUGAUUGAAUCAGGUAAGCAAAUCUUUGUAACUAUAGUUCCAGUUCUCGUUCGAGUUUGUUGCAGUUGGUUCUGCUGGACUGAUUUUGUUCUAUGGCCCUAUCAUGAACAUUGGGGGGAAAAGAAAAACUGAAUGGCAUUGAGAUAUAUUAUUCCCAUCUUA